AUGGCCGCCUUCCCCGACUACUACAAGAUCCUCGCCGUCAGCGAGGACGCCACGUUCGACCAGAUCAAGACGGCCUACAAGCGCGCCUCGCUCCGCUGCCACCCGGACCGCAUCCCCGCCGGCCCCGCCAACGACCAGCGCCGCAAGGCCGCCACGGCCGAGUUUCAGUCGGUCGCCGACGCCUUCUACACCCUGAGCGAGCCCCAGCGCCGCAAGGCCUACGACGAGCUGCGCCGCGCCAACUCGUCCCGCUGGACCGACGACGCCGGCGACAGCGGCAACUGGUGGGACUACUUUGGCGCCGGGCGAGCAGGCGGGCCCUCGGCGGCAGGCGGCGCGCAAGACGACGUGUACGAGGACGAGGACGCAGACUCGGCGGCAGGCGACAGGCCCGACCCGGAGCACGUGUUCGGCAACGUGUUCGAGGAGAUGCUCCGUCCCGAGGUCAACCGCGCUCUGCCCUUGUGGACCUGGUCCGGCGCUGCAGCAGGCGCGACUCUCGGCUUUAUCGCGGGCAACCUCGCCGGCGCCGCCGUCGGCGGCUUUGCUGGGUCCAAGCUGGGCGCCAUCCGCGACGCCAAGGGCAAGGCCGUGUACGCCGUCUUCAAGGACCUCGACGGCGCGCAAAAAGCCCAGAUCCUCGCCGCCCUCGCGAGCAAGGUGUUUGGGUCGAUGGGCGGGCUCGGCGCGGCGGCGGCGGGUGCGGCGGGCAUGCGGUGA